AGAUGGGGACCUUUGGUUGGUUGGGAGGUGGGCUUUCAAGCAGGCUAGGGUUUGGACAGAACAAACAGGAUGCAGGAGAUGAAACAAAACUUUUAGGAGACGCUGACAAGCAGCAGGAACAGGAGGCAUCUGGUUCUUGGAUGGGUAUGGGGAUUGGGGGCAUGUUAGGUUUCGGAAAUGAUAAAACUGACGAUAAAGAAGGUGACAUUAAGGACAUCGAAAAGGACAAAUCCCAUGAAGCAGAAAAUCUGGAUACUGAUGAAUCACAGGCUUCAAUAACAGUAAAGACUGAAACUAGCGAAGAAUCACGAGCUGAGGAACCUACAAGUGUCCCAUCCACAGAGCCGGUCAGCGCUGACAGCAGUCCCAAUAUUAUAAAUGAUAACUCUGACACAAGGGAGAGCAAUAGCUUAGGUGUUGAAGAUGAACUUCAGGUUGAUCAGAAAGAUGUUUCACCUCAGGCUGCUGCAGAAAUGUCCUCCAGGAUCAACAGCUUUUCCCAAACAGAUGACAACAACAAAACAGAAGACAGAUCUGAGGAAAUGGCCACGGAUAAGAGGCAUGACUCAGCAGGAAAUGUGGGAGAAGGUGAAACCAGGGAGCCAGUAGUAGAUGAAGUUACUGAUACGAGUAACGUUAAAGAUUUUGUGACACCGUCUGGGAGCAGUCUGGGCCCCGAUCACCGUUUUCACGAUCGAUUUGAAGGUAAAGAGGAAGAUGCAAAAGAGCAGACACCCAAAAGAGUUGAUGUCACAACCGUAGCACAGAACGUAGAAUCUGACGUGGCGGUAAAACACGACUUUAGAGGUGGUGCUCAGAAAGAAGAGCCGUCUGAUAACGCAACAAAUUCAUCUCACAAAGACAUGUUCACCACUCGGACUGAAACGUCAGCCGAGGACAGUCAAAUCAGCAGUGAGGCAGAGGAAAGCAAAGAGCAAAAUCAGUCAUCGUCACUUAAGAGAGAYGAUGAGUUUAUCCCAGAUGAGAAAAGUUUGAGACCUUUAGCAGCRGAAACAAACGCCGGCAACUCAACAAUCCCAGCUCUAGCUGACGACAAUGUAGAAACAAAGAUCAGUCAUGAAGAGUUGGGACUGGAGGGCAGCUCCCAGGAAUUUGAACUCUUUCAUUCUGAUAAUAAAAGUCUGUAUGACGUCAUCCUAGACAGCAAAAUAAUCCUCUCAAACAUGAAUCAGACUCGUGGGUCUCCACAGAGGGAAGAAGAAGUAACAAAAACUCUUAGUGAUGCUGAAAGUUUGAAGGAUCCAAAUAAAGAAACUGGGAGGGAGACAACAAACAUCAAAGAAGAUGUUUUGAGUGAAAAAUCUACUUUGGCUCCUGAAACAGAAACUGAAGAAAGCGAAAUCAUAGAAGAGGCGGAAAAGACGAUAGCAGAGAGGGAAAUGAGAGAGAAAGAUCAGAUUUUAAAGGAAGAGGAGAAUGAGGUAAAGAAAGACGAACAGGUGGGGGCAGAGGAUAGAAAUGAAAAUGAGAAAAAUAACGAGGAAAAUGAAGAGCUAAAUGAAGAAAAUCAACAGGUAGAGGAGAUGAAGGAGGGAGAGAACCAAGAAAAUCCAGCCAGACUGGAGGGAUUUAAAGAAUCUGAGGAGAAAAUGGAAGAGGAGAAGGAUAUCAGGAGGCCAGUGUUAGAAAGCAAUAAAAAAGAGACACUGGACGAAGACAGCUCAGCGUCAUCGUUCAUCGAAACAACAAAAAAACAGCCUGAAAGACAAAUGGUGGAGGAGAUCGGGGAGGAAAAACAGAAUGAAGCAACAUCUGAGAAAGUAAAGGAUGAAAAGAUUGAAGAGGAGGCAGCAGAGAAGCAGCAAACUGGGCAUGAAGACGAAGACCAGCUUGAGGGUUUAAAUCAGAUUUGUUCUGGAGGUAGCAAAGAGGAGGUGGAAGAAGGAGGUGGCUCUGAGGAUGGAGAUGUAGCUGCUGCAUGGAUGGCUGAAAACACAACAGAGGUCUGCGAUGACUCAAAUGAUGUGGCUGAGGAGCAAAUACUGAAAACCGAUGGCACGACAUUUGGGAGUGGAUCUCACAAUGAUGGGAAUACAUUUGACUCUACUGAAAGUCAGAUUCAAUCGGAACGUGAAGAAGAUCCAACCGAUCCUGCUGAGGCAGCAGAGAGCAGAGGAACAUUUGGUUUGUUCARAGAUGCUUUGGGGCUUUUCUCUCAAACAGCCUCCGUGACAUCUACAGAGUCUGCAGAGGGUUCUAACACAAACACAGCAGAGCUGUCACAAACACGAGUCUCUGAGCCUGAUCUGGACCCCACCACUGAUCCAGUCCCCACCUCAGAGUAUCCUGAAAACAUUCAUCCCACUGCUCCCUCAACCACAGAAACACCCACCAAUACAAGCCCCCUCACCCAGCCGUACACGCAUCUCCUCACCCACAUGAGCGCAGGAGAGACGGCUGUUUUGUCAGAGCUGUUUGGACGACACAAGCUGCAGUUUUUAGAUUACAUUCUGGGUAGUUCAGAGGGCGCGACUGCAGGGGACGAUCAGUCCAUACUGUCAGAUAUAGAAAGGCUUCUGGAUCACCACAGGGAGAGGCUGGUAGCCCCACAAACGAGGCUCACAGACGCACCACAGGAAGACCAAGAAAAGACCAGAACCCUCUUUGCACUUCUGAAACUGGAAACGUUACUGAAAACAAUCAAAGUCACUUUCAGCACAGGAAUAUCAGAUGUCAGUAAACAUCAAGACAAGCCCAGCUGUGCCACAUGUUCAACUCAAGGAGAAGAACAGAAAGACAACCUCAGGGACGAGCAGAUGACAGCGGUGAAAGAUCAAACAGGCAGCGGUGCAGCAGAGGAAGCAUCCCUCCCUUAUACACAACCAGGAUCACAAAAGAAAGGGAUUAUGAAACAGACUUUGGACGUUUGUCUUGGGAUGAUUGAAAACUCCAAGGACGUCCUCAUAUGGUUCACUGUGAAGGUUGUAUCGUCACUACCUGAGGACAUCAGACUGGGUCCUGACUUGUACGGUGUACCAUGGGAACCAGUUCUCGUCACAGGUCUGGUGGGACUGGUGACAUUCCUGUUGUUCACUUGUAGAUGUUACAAAUCUAUCAAGAGCAGAAUGUAUCGAAGUAAGGAGCAGUGGAUGGCUCAACAGAUCACACAGCUGCUGGAUGAAAAAUGUAAAGUCCUUGAGACUCUCAGUCAGUGUCAACAAGAGUAUGAUGAGCUGGAGAAUACACUGAGGGAUGGUGGUGUUUUGGCCCAGACUCAAAAAACAGAACAAUUAGAGGUCCAAGCCAGACAGUUGACAGACGCUAAAAAGGAGCUGGGGAGAGAUCUUGAUCAGCUGAAGGCUCAGUUGGAACAACAAAGAGAACAAAGGAAAGAGCAAGAACGGAGGAUAUCCGAGCUCGAGGAAAGCAUAAACACAUCCGAACAGGAAACCAAAAAUCUCCUGUCUCAGGAAGAGCAGGCACAAACAACUGUGAAGAUCUACGACAUGAACAGCGACAGACUGCAGGGGAACGUGGAAACGGCUCGGGAGGAGAACACGCUGCUGCAGGAAAGCAACGCUCAGCUGAAGCAGCAGGUGGAGGGAUGGGCAGAAAGAGUGAGCGAGCUGGAGGCAGAGAUGCAGAGAUGUGAGGUUGCCCACAGCGCCAUGCUGCAGGACGUCACCUUGAAGGAUGAACGUAUAAUGUCCUUGACAGAUAGGCUGCUGAGGAUGAAAGGCUGGGAUUCAGAGCUGGAGGAAGUUGGAGGUGAGGAGGCAGGAGAGAAAGAGACAAACCUCGGGACGCCACAGAAAGAAGCUGGGAGUGGAAGAGGUGACCUAACAGACGCACAUCUGCAGAAAGUGCAGAAACUUAUUUAUGCUGCUAAGUUGAAUGCUGACCUCAAAUCAGUGGAUGAAGAUAAGGACAGAGCAUUUGCAAAACUCAAUGAUGAGAUCAAAGCUAAAGAAGACCUGCAGGUGAGCAUUCAGGAGCUGGAGAACGAGAAGUUAUCUCUACAGUCUGACUCUAAACAUUAUUCAGAUGAGGUUGAGCGGUUACAACAGAAGCUCCAAAUUAUGACUGAAAUGUACCAGGAGAAUGAGCUCAAGCUGCACAGAAUGCUGACUGUGGAGGAAAAGGAGCGUCUGCAGAAGGAAGAGAAAUUAAAUAAAGCUGACAAAAACAUUGCUAUGGCUUUGGAAGAGCUGAAUAACUACAGAAAACGAGCAAACGAGAUGGAGGAAGAGCUGGAGAAAACCAAACAGUCGUACCAGACCCAGAUAUCUGCACACGAGACGAAGGCUCAUAAUAACUGGCUGGCAGCUCGAGCAGCAGAGAGAGACCUGGGAGACAUCAGAAGAGAGAACUCCCUCCUCAGACAGAAAAUCACAGAUACACAGUUUAAACUGGACUCCCUCGAUAAAGACCCCUACGCCUUGAACAGCCUCGCUAGACCACUGCCUUUCAGAGCUGAGCGGUCACCGUACGGUUCUUCUCCUUACGGCCGACCCUCAUCUGAAACCAGACCCUUUCUGUCUCCUCCUACAUUAAUGGAUGGACCACCUGCUCGACUGUCUCCUAGAGUGUCCCGUGGUCCGGUGGAUCCCCCGGGUGGCCAAGGAGAGCUGGAGCGCAGUGGAGGUCCUCAUUCAGACAGUGGUUCAAACUCUCCCACAUGGGAGCGAGAUCGCAGGGGUCCCCCACCUGGACCCCCUGGUCCUCUAGGUCCUCCAGGUCCUCCAGGUUAUAUGUUUCCAGAACCAGGAGCUCCCAUGUUCAGGAGACCCCCACCUCCUCCAGCGGCUCUGGGUCUUUUACCUCCUCCUGGUCCUUUCCCACCGAGAGGCCUCCCCCCAGGACCUCCUCACCCUGCAGACAUGGCUGAUGGCUCCUUCAGGGAAAACCAUCUUGGACCUGGUGAUCAGGACCCCCGGCUGGCUGAUCAGAGGACUCCCCCCGAAUUAGAUCUAAGGAUGGGCGGUCCUCCUCCUAGACCCCCACUGGUUCCUAUGGAUGGUCCCUUUCCUCGUAGAGCCCCUUACGGACCCCCACCUCCUCCUGAUUUCUACCCUCCCAGGGGUCCAGGGGCUCUUCCCAUGAUGCCCAUGUGGCCCCCUCCUCAAAGAAUGAUGCUCCCUCCUCGCCUCCCUCCUGGCGGACCCCCUCUUCCUCCAGCGCCUCACCCUAACAUGUCGUUUUAUGGCCCGCCCAUGGUACAUCCUCCUCCCGAUGGCCCCCCACCCCCUCAGCAGCCCCUCCCUUCACCCCCGCACAGCCAGUCACCAGAGGAGAACAGACCCUCGCCUGAGGACGUCAUCUGAGCGCCGACAGUUUCUACUCAGACUCUGUUGAUGUUUUUCCUGGUUCAGAUGCACCUCAGUGGAUGAAAGGUGGCAGACUCCCCCCUUAUUUCUCUGUGAUUUCCUUUCAUCCAGCAGGAGGGGAUUUAAUAAGUGUUAGUUCAGGGGAAGCGCCCGCCUUCAUCAGGUUUUUUUUCUUUUUUCUGCUCCAUCCAGCUGCUGUGGAACUGAGAUGAUGCUAACAGKGAUUUGGUUCUUGCUCGGUUGCAUCUUAAACUCUACAGUUUCAGGAUUGUUGAGCCAGAGACAGUUUCCUGUUAGCUCAACUAAGCAAGAAAUGUUUUUACUAACAUCUUGUGUUGAGAGGCUUAAUGAAAAAAAAAUGAAGUUAUCUGUCGAGUUUUUUUGCUUUACCAUCACUUUUGUCACAAUAGUAUUUUUUAAAUGCUGUUUCAGCAUUUCUAUAAUAGUUGUGUCUAUGACAACACUUAAAUCUGACCUCAUCAGGUGUUUUAUUUUAUUUUAUUUACUCUGGCAGAAUGAAGUCUAUUCCUCAGAGGUUGUUAGUGUUUUCUAAAAUCUAAUCUAAUCUCACUGACCUCCCUGUGAGUUCCAGCAGACUGUUAAACCAUGAGCAACAAUGAAACAGCCCAUUUAGACCCUGUUACAGUGACUUGCUUAUGAUUAGCAAAGACAAGCUGAUAAAUGAGCUGGCAGGAAGAGAAGCUCCCUCAGAGCCACACAUUUGUAAAUUUUGUAAAGAAAAGGUUAUAAUAAAGGUUCUCAAACCUGUGUCCAUAUUUCACUGAUGUAAUUAUGUAAAGUUUUGAUGCAGCGAUCACAAGUACUAAUAUGGGAGUGUAAUUAUGUCAAAAUACUUUGUACAUGUUUUUAGAUAUUUCAAAACUUGCUUGCAUUCAUUGUAUUAAAUAUGCUGCACUUUAACAUGUUCUUAUACUUGACCAGAACCUUGAUGUCAGUGAAAACCUUUACACAAUAUGAGCCUGAUUCUAUUGUAAGAAAUACAAUAAUAAUAGUUUGUGUAAAUAAAUACAGGGACAAUAAAUAUGAAGAUAGUGCAAAGA